AUGCUCAAGUUCUCGAUCGACGUCCUUCUUUCCACGUCUCCAUGUCGUUCGUCUGGAAUUUUUCCGUUUCCAGCCAAUCCAUCUUUAUUCGCAGACUCCUCGUCAGGUGAAGAUGAAUCGAAUCGAAAAAAGUUUCCAUGUGAAAUAUGUGGAAAACAGUUCAAUGCACAUUACAAUUUGACUCGUCAUAUGCCAGUUCAUACAGGAGAACGUCCAUUUGUUUGUAAAGUAUGCGGAAAAGCAUUUCGUCAAGCUUCAACUCUCUGCCGUCACAAAAUUAUUCACACUGACAGUAAACCUCAUAAGUGCAAAACAUGUGGAAAAUGUUUCAAUCGGUCGUCAACACUCAACACUCAUGUGAGGAUACAUCAAGGAUUCAAACCGUUCGUUUGUGAAGUUUGUGGAAAGGGAUUUCAUCAGAACGGAAAUUACAAAAAUCAUCGAUUGACGCAUGAAGAGACCAAAAAGUUCUCUUGUACAAUUUGCAACAGGGCAUUCCAUCAAUCAUAUAAUCUUGCGUUUCAUAUGUUCACCCACGAAGAACAUAAACCAUUCACUUGUCAAGUAUGUUCUAAAGGAUUCUGCCGCAACUUUGAUCUAAAAAAGCAUCUUCGUAAAAUGCAUUCAACUUCCAUGAAUCCACUGACUCCAUAA